UGCUGUGAGCAAUAUUGUAUAUCCAUAUAACACUGACAAUACACCAGUGCGAGUAAUCACUCGCUCACUGCUCAAACUGCGAGGCUCUCACUGUCCUUGUCUGUGCACCAUGGCCGUUUCAGGUGCCGUCCGAGCCCUUGUGUUUGCAUUACUCGUGGCGUUCGCUGUCGAAGCGUUCGUUGUACCAGCUCCAGCGGCGCUGGCACGAAACCUGGGUAGACCGAGCAACACGCAGCAGCUGACACCAACACCGAACACUGCCGCAACAUCAUCACGUUCUCUCACCCGAGCUCGCAUGUCAACGUACGAGCAGUCGUCGCCGGAGCCGUCCGCCAGCGGAGAGAUGAGCAGCUCUCCUGAGAUGGAGCUGCAAGAGCUGAUUGUGGAUUUCACGGAUGAUGGUCGGAUUUUGCUCGAGGUCAAGGGUGUCAAGGGUAGCGAAUGCAGGGUCAUCACGGAGGAUCUCAUCAAAGCUCUCGGGGACGUGAUCACGACCGAGAAUACCGAGGAGUACUUCCAAGAGAGGGUCGUCAACACGCAGAAGGACGCGGUUCAGCUCGGAUGGUCUUACGACGCCAGCAAGCCUGAGUGGUGAUCGAUGAUAAGCCUGCAAGAAGCGUUGGCUAGCCGCUGUUGGUAACGUAUUCGAACGCCAAUUUUCGGCAUGGUUUUAUCGUCCUACUAAUGCGGCGGUGUUUUUCGAAUGCUUACAGAGGAAGAGCGGUCGCCACGCGGUGCCUGGUUGUCGAUUUUUAAGGGUGGGCACAUCGGCAUGGUGUGCAUCCAGCACAGCAAGAGCUCGCGCGGGGCCUCAAGCUUGCGCCGGAAGUAGCAGGAACGCUGCGAGAGCCUGGCAAACGCGUUUGCAACGUUAUCUUGCACGACUGCGGGUUUGUAUUGGGUGCCGUUUCUGCCGUGCCACAUUCUGACGUGGCGGAAGUGGGAUAUGGAUACAGCCAUGCAAUUUUGUAGCCCUUAGCAAACGUCUUUGGAGAAUCUUGGCUUCCGAAAGGACAAGCACUGUUGGGAUUCUUAUGUAGCAGGAGUUGGCCCAUGGUUCGUGUGGGGCGGGAGAACUAGAAGAGCGCGAUCGCAUUGCCGCGUGAAAACUCAAGCGCCAAGGCGAGACACUGCGCAACUCUCUCGCCCGUUGGGGGGCUGUGUACAUAAAAGGCGUCUGCACGCGCAUGUUGGGAUGUCCAGCGGGAUGAUCCUGAUAUCAUCUGCUGUGCAUGUGUUCCGUACUUUUUGUGCGGGGGUUGGUGCUCCCGACCCUGGUAAUUUGUCGCGAGCUUUGGCGUGGCUCGGCCCGGAAAUUCUCCUCGUGUAUGUAGGGUCAGAGGUGCAACAAGCGGAUUGCUCGUGGAACGGUCGAGCGACAAGAAAUCAAGGAAUACGUCGGUGUAUUUGUGUCUUGUGUGAUUCCUGCACAGGUUGUUAAAGCGAGGGAAGGCCUAGGUUUCGAGCAGUAUCUGGUAGGUGAGGCAUUCGAUGACGUGUUGACUGUUGGCAGAGCGAUGGGCGGUCGGUUUUGCGAGCAGUGUUUGGUAGAUUGGGACAUGGAGGCGGGAAGAGAUUGUUUGAUUGCAGGCCAUUCAAUCGACAUGGGAAUCCAUCUUGGAUACAUGCAUGUUCAGCUCGCGGCGCAUCCAAUUGCUUCGAACAGUUUGGUACUUUGUUGGUAUUGCUUCAUACGUACGUUGAGCAAUGGUCAUUUGAAUCAAUCCUCGUUUCUCGAGGCUGAUUUUGGUGCACGCUGUCCUAACGUUUUCUUGCGAUCCCCUUACGUCUGUCGUUAGUCAGCUAGUCCCCAGAACAUGAAAAUACUCCCAGCCGUCUAUCAUCACUGCAAAACACCUCACGUGCACUACAUUGGGGAAAGACUCACGCUGAGGGAUUCAACAACACGAAAAGGUUCAACUUGACCUCACUCCGAACCACCUCAUUACGCAAGCUAAAAUUGUUGCAGACAAGAUAAAACCGCGCCGAGCGCGAAGCCACUGCGGGAGCCGGGGCACAGCUCUCGGGGAUGAAAGGUAAACUACGCGGGGUGC